GAGACGAACUGGUUUUCUGCACCAUCCGCCUUGAAAGUGUAUGGCCAGUAUCUGAAUCUAGACAAGGAUCACAACGGAAUGCUCAGCAAAAAAGAACUUCAGCGGUACGGCACUGGUGUUCUCACGUCGGUUUUCAUCGAGCGACUUUUCGAAGAAUGCCUCACUUACGACGGGGAAAUGGAUUACAAAACCUACCUCGAUUUCGUGCUUGCCCUGGAGAAUCGCAAGGAACCUCAGGCCUUGCAGUACUUCUUCCGAAUACUCGAUGUCGGCAAUCAGGGCUACUUGACCACGUUUUCGCUGUCUUAUUUCUUCCGGGCUAUCCAAGACCAGCUGAAGUCGUUGGACCAGGACCCUGUGAGUUUCUCGGAUAUCAAGGACGAAUUGUUUGAUAUGAUCAAGCCUCAGGAACCGGAUCGUAUCACUUUGAAGGACCUGUGCAGGAGUGGACAAGGAGAUGUGCUUGUCAGUGUUCUGAUUGAUCUGAACGGUUUUUCCAGUAUGAAUUUGAGCGACUGCACGCUUUGUUUAGGAGCUUCGCGCGUCUGUGUUGAUAAAAUUGGAGAUUCGCGAUUCAGAGCGGGAUUUUCUCUUUUGACGAAGUCGACCCGUGUAUCUGCGUACCUGAAGGGAUCUCGGGCUGACACUGUGUUGAAGUCCAUUUGUAGUUCCUGUGUGAAUGAUCUCCAAAAACUGGUGGAAAUUGAGAGGAAGUACACGAAUUCUGAUUUGCUGAAAGAACAUGCGCUUUCGGGGCAUUUUGCACCCGAGUUUCACACAGCGAAUUCGAAGCGCCGUGACGUGCAACUCGUCAAGGAAUGUGAGCAGCUGAAGCCCAAGGUGAAGCUCGGUCGCAUGAAAUUUGCUGAACCACGAGUACAAAUGAUUGACUUCCGACUGGUUCCACCUGAUGUGAACCUGAAAUCUCUGGAGGACCAAGAUCGGCCACCUCGUUCGCGACGGAUGAGUGCGUCCAUGAAUGGUUCAGUUUCCCUAGCGAACCGUGUUCGUGAUCGCCGCUCGUCUGAGCGUGUUGAAACGCGAGGAGGGCAUCAAGACGAAUUUUUCGCGCCUCCGAUGAAGCGACUGUCCGUUGUUCUAUCGGACGCGAUUCUUCCUGAGCAUUAGGAUUUCAUGUUGGGUUGAAUUUUUUUUACGUAUGUCGCUUUUGAACCCCUCCUGAAAGGGAUCGGACUUUUCCAUGUGUGUGUGUGUGUGUGUGUUCGUUUUGCGAUUUCCAGAAAAUUUCGGUUGAAAUGAAAAGGUAUUACAUUAUAUCCACUUCUAA